UAGUUUGUUUGUUAAUUUGCAGGAUAAUUGGAAGCAUAUAUAUAUAAUAGGAAUGGCAGGUCAGGAUGGAAUUGACGAAGCUGCUGAGUCGUUUAUAACAACAUUUCGACAGGAUUUGCAGAUUCAGAGGCUCAAAUCCCUGGCUGCCGCAUCUGCUACUUCUCCAGCUAAAAUAAACGGGAAAAUGAAAGAGAGAUUGGUUGAAAAUUCGAAGUUGAGUAAAAGAGAGAAUGUGGAUGGAAAUAUUGAUGUGGAUAAAUCUGCGGAGGCGUUCAUCCAAAAAUUUAAGCGCAAUUUGAAAACAGAGCGAAUUGAAUCGUUUAAGCGCUACAGUGAAAUGCUUCAAAGAGGCGUGUGAACAUCAUUAUCAAUUCCUCCAAUGUAAAAUGAUAAAAUGUGAAAAUACCUUUGUUUAUUUAGGGUUUC